AUGGCUAGGGCUACGACUAUGACCAGAACGCGAACUGUGCAGAAUGAAACCAUCUCCGUUCCGGUGUUGACAUACACCGAUGCCCUACCCCGGGAUGACCUCCGCGAUAUCAAUCCAUCUGAGCGCCAAGUGGACCAUACCAGACAGGCAAAUUUCCCCCGGACUAGAGUGGCAGACGGACAGUCGAAGGAGCUAGGGGCCAGUCCGAAAUUCGACUUUCAACUCACAGCGCCAUUGGAUGAACUCACACCCACGAGCGCGAGAUCGUUUCGGAGCCCUGUGGGCUCACAUACGAUAGGCGUUGCCUUAGGAAGUCCAGGAUUGAUGCGUCCUCAGGAUGAAUUGCCUCCACCACGUUUCAAUACAGGAGUCUUUAAUGAAGGAUCGGAACAUCCGCGCAAGUCGAGCAAAUGGAAGAAGAUUGGAGGAUUAUUCAGAGCGAAGAAUGCUAUGACAUCGCCCACGAACUCUCCACCGACUCCUCCGAAGGACGUUGGACCAAAGGACAGACCGAAUACCAGCAAGGCUGCGCGGAAAGAAGAUGUCAGCGAGGAAUGGCCAAAGAUCGAAGUCGAGCCUCAGGUCGGGCAUAACAUCAGCCCGAAACGAAGCAGGAAGUUUUCUAUCUCCGGCAGAAAGGAUUCAAGAGACAAGGGCGUUGCAAGCCCCAUGUUGGAUGUCAACAUCCCGGAUGUGCAAAUGGAACGCUACAGCGUCAUGUUUAGCAAUGUCAUGAACAAAAACCACAAGCCCUCACUGCUGGCCAGGAGGAGCAAGACGCUGGACAAUUUACGUGUGCCAAGUGCUCAGGACUUCUUGACUGCAAAGAUACCUCCAGUUCCACAACGACGAGCCACCUCACCAUCACAUCCACGAUCGAGCUUUACGCUAUUCCCCGCUGCACAGCCAUCUAAAGCUCCCCAAGGUCUCGGAGCACAGAAUUUCUCCCGAGGCCCCAGUCCGUUGCUGAGAUCCAAUACGCUUCCCGUGAGCCCGAAAGCAUCACCAUCACCACGGGAUCUACCACUCCCACCUAAUAAUAAUAGCCUUUCUUCCUUCGAAUCACCUGUCAUCCCCAAACUAUUUUCCGGUGGCUCCAAUACCCCAGUUUCAGCAAACAGUUAUCGCAGAGAAGACAAGCCUCUUCCAGCUAUCAAGCCCGAGCCGCCGGUCGCUCGGUCGCGAACAGUGUCACCGCAGGUUCAUGUCCCACAACCGAGGCGAACUCAAUCAGACAGGAACAUCAAAUCGGGCAAUCAAGUCGCUCAGCCGGAGAGGUCCACAACAGAGCCUAUACGUUCCAUCAAACCCAACCUGAAAGUCCAGACCCAGCUCAGAGGACCACCCACUCCAGCGAAGGAUAGGGUAACGCCGAAGUCGGCAUCAGCUCUAUCAGCCAUGACAACUAGGGAACACGUAUCCCGUAUAAUGUCGCCAGCAUUGGUUCAAUCGCCUAUGGAGAUCAGAUCCGCUCCAGCAAAGGAGAUCAAGUCUUCACCAGCAAAGGUCUUACAACCAGUGGUUACAGAGCGCGAAGUCAGCAGUCCGGUCAGCAAGCCCAGGAAGAAAAUAUCAAAGAUUGAAGUUUCCACUGCACGAUCUAUCUCCGUGUCGAAGGGAAAGAGACAGAUCCUUGUUCCAAUCGGGACACGGAUGGAACAACUAAACCCUAAUGAGCGCCUCGUUGAACGAAGAGCCAUGACACCGACUAUCAUGGAUGUGCAGUAUGGACAUCGACAUGGGAUUUCUCAAGAGCUGCAGAUCGAGUCAAUGUGA